GUAUAUGCUAUAUCGUUCUCUGAGUUAGGAGAUUUCUUUGUGACGUCAGGAGUUAGACAUGUCAAGUUUUGGUACAUUGAUGCUGAUUCUGCCAAAUCUAAGCAUGAUGUAACACUACCAAUAAAGGGAAGAGCAGGUCUGCUAGGAGAGUUAAGGAGUCAUACCUUCUGUGAUGUUGUGUGUGGUGUUGGUAAUAACUCUAACUAUACAUACUGUGUCACUACUGCUGGAGCACUUUGCUGCUUUAAUGCUAAAAGAAAGCUGGAAAAGUUUGUUGAAAUAGGGUCUUCCAAGGCACUGUGUAUGGUGGCUGAUGACAAGUUUCUAAUAUGUGGYUACAACAAUGGAUUUAUCAGGAUAUUUGAUAGUGGUUCUCUUGAGUUUAUUACCACAUUGCCUAAACCUCACUAUCUUGGUGUGAAUAUAGCUGAUGGAAUUCAUCCCAGUCACAUGGUUGCCAAGACAGAUAGUGUAACCUAUGGAGACACUGUUGCCAUAGCAUUGGACAGCUCACAUCAUAGGGUAUGUCUUGAAUCAACCAGAGAAUGGACAACCCUUUAAACCAUGUUAGGAUGAUGUAUUCCCUUGUUGCUAGACAGUAACCAUGGUUACAUGGUUCACCAG